AACUCGUUAACGGUGCCUCGGAGAAAAUUUUUGUAAAGGAAAGAGUUGCUUGGAACGAUCUCAGGAAUCCCUCAGGAAUUCCUCAGGAACCGCUUAGGAAUCCUUCAUUUCUCGGAAGUGCCACAAUUUUGGGACACUCUGCAUAUAUAUACUUGGAUACGCCGAUUAUCGACGGAAGAGUAAUCGGAAGAGUAAUCUCCAAAUAAGGAGUCAGACUGUCGAUCUCGCUUACGAGCGAUCCGAAUCACCCGACGAAAUGGCUAUUCUUACUUUGUGCACGUAUACUUCCUUGUAUGCAAUCGAUUUGCAUGCGAACAAUUCGCAGAAAUCGUUUGUUCCAUUUGUCUAACAUUUCACGUUCAUUUUUUAAGAGCCGAACGUGGCUCUUAAAAAUAGACGAUGAUAACACGCCGCCAACUUGGAUCUCACUCGCGACGCACAUGCACUGAUCUCGAUCGAACAUCUUCAUCUCCUGCCAACUGAUUUAACGUCGGUCUAAAUGUCGAUCAAGUAUUGUCGAUUGAACAUUGCCGAUCGAAUGCUGUCGAUUAAAUAUUGCCGACCAAAUGCUGUCGAUUGAAUGUUGCCGAUCAAAUAUUCUCGAUUAAAUAUCGCCAAUCAAAUGCUGCCGAUUAAAUAUCGCCGAUCAAAUAUUCUCGAUUAAAUAUUGCCGAUCAAAUGAUCUCGAUUAAAUGUUGCCAAUCAAAUGCUGCCAAUUAAAUAUCGCCGAUCAAAUAUUCUCGAUUAAAUAUUGCCGAUCAAAUGAUCUCGAUUAAAUGUUGCCAAUCAAAUGCUGCCAAUUAAAUAUCGCCGAUCAAAUAUUCUCGAUUAAAUAUUGCCGAUCAAAUGAUCUCGAUUAAAUGUUGCCAAUCAAAUGCUGCCAAUUAAAUAUCGCCGAUCAAAUAUUCUCGAUUAAAUAUUGCCGAUCAAAUGAUCUCGAUUAAAUGUUGCCAAUCAAAUGCUGCCAAUUAAAUAUCGCCGAUCAAAUAUUCUCGAUUGAAUAUUUCCGAUCAAAUGAUCUCGAUUAAAUAUUGCCAAUCAAAAUGCUGCCGAUUAAAUAUUGCCAAUCAAAUGCUGUCAAUUAAAUAUCGCCGAUCAAAUAUUCACGAUUAAAUAUUACCGAUCAAAUGAUCUCGCUUAAACGUUGCCAAUUAAAUGCUGUCAAUUAAAUAUCGCCGAUCGAACGAUCUCGAUUAAAUGUUACCAAUUAAAUGCUGUCAAUUAAAUAUCGCCGAUCGAACGAUCUCGAUUAAAUGUUGCCAAUUAAAUGCUGUCAAUUAAAUAUCGCCGAUUAAAUAUUCUCGAUUAAAUAUUGCCGAAUGUACAGAAAUUACCAAACAGUGUAAAAUUCCGAUCUGGAAAUUUCCAAAUAUUGUUUCAAGAUAGCAAGAAGAAGGGGUCUGUUAAAAAUAGCUUAGAUCACGAUGCGGCAGCGAAAACGCUGUCUAAGUGAACGGCGCCGUUCCGUGUCUUCCAGCGCGAUUAAAAACCGUCUGUUCACGAAUUUUUUUCGGCGUUCUCCAAGGCGGCUUUUCAAGUCGAAAGAGGUACGGCGUCGGGUCUCUGGUUAUCUUAUUGUAUCGUGGACACACGCGAGGCCCUGGGAACCCGAGUCAUCGUUUCCGGACGUCGGUCAACAAUGGAAUAAUUAGUUCCGUCCGAGGUCGCGCCGAUGUAUCAACGCGCUCCGAAUUUCACGCAUUACAAAUAAAAGAAGAUCACCCCGUGAAGAUCAGGUCAGAAGCUGCGCAAGGCCCCGAGGACAGCUAACACGGCCGUUCAGAACCAUCCUCGGCUCUGCGAUUGACUGGCAGAGCGAUCGAAGUAGGGGAUCGGGGAAAGACACGGUCUCUUUCGCCGGCGAUAAUUCGUCGCGCGACUUAUCGGCUCGCGGGACGCGUUCCCUCGAUGCUGAUCGGCGAGCGGUCGCGAAAGAAAGCGGUCAUCCGCGAGACCCGGAUGACAGCGAGCAACGUCUAGCAACGUCUAUCUCUCAGCAUAGAAGACACCGGGCACCCAAGACACCGGGGAGAUGCGAACGAAGCCGUCGCGGCAGGACUAAAAGCGUGAAAGAGUUCAUCGCGGGAUCAUCGAGAAUCCUAGCCGAGAUGUCCGAAGAGUCGCCGCGAAAGCUCGAACUGGCAGAUUCCGUGGAAGAUAAGCGGCACCGAUGAUCCUUCCCGCGGCUGACCCAGUUCAGAGGCUCGCGUAACGGUCGCCGGCGAUAAGAUAGCCGGGGCGGAUCUGCCUGGCAUAGCCUCGCGGCUGUUCAGAGAGGCGGAAAGCGAAGCGGCUUCGGAGCGAUCAGCUGUCAGCGGACGGAUCGUAGCCGGGCUACGAUGACUGGGAUCAAUCAGCGCGUGGUGCUGCUCAACCUGCCGACGUCCCGCUCGGUGGACAUCGAGUUCUCCGAGCUGAGCUACGCGACCAAGCGGAGCCUGCGAGGCGGCAAGAAGAAGAUCCUGAAGGGCGUGAACGGGACGUUCAGGUCCGGGCAGCUGUCGGCGAUCAUGGGGCCGUCGGGCGCCGGCAAGUCGACGUUGCUGAACAUCCUGACGGGCUUCGAGGGCGGCAACUGGGACGGCGAGAUCUGCUACAUCGGGCAAGAGGGCAAGAAAACCUGGCGGGAGUACAAGAAGCAGUCCUGCUACAUCCAGCAGGACGACAAGUUGCACCCGUUGUUCACGGUGCUGGAGGCGAUGCGGAUGGCGGCGAACUUGAAGAUCGGCAGCAGCCUGAGCCGCAAGGCGAGGGACAUGCUGAUAGACGACGUGCUGGAGAACCUGGAUCUGAUGAGAUCGAAGGGGACCAGGUGCGGUCAGCUCAGCGGAGGCCAGAAGAAGAGGCUGAGCAUCGCGUUGGAGAUGGUCGACAAUCCGCCGGUGAUGUUCCUGGACGAGCCGACGACCGGCCUCGACGCCCUGUCCUCCCACCAGUGCAUCGCCUUGCUCCAGAGCCUGGCGAGAACCGGCAGGACCAUCGUCUGCACCAUCCACCAGCCCAGCGCAGCCAUCUUCGAGAUGUUCGACAACGUGUACCUGCUGGUGGACGGCAAGUGCCUGUACGACGGCGCCACGAAGAACAUGGUCGACUACUUCGCCAGCGUCGGGCUGCAAUGCCCGAAGUACCACAAUCCGGCCGACUUCAUGAUCGAGGUGGUGACCAAGGAGUACGGCGACUACACCGACCAGCUGGAGAAGCUCGCCAGCAACGGCAGCUGCUGGAGAACGCCGGUCGCGAACACGCAGAAGCUCGAGGAGAAAUGCCACGAGAACAAGGCCACCGUGCUGAUCCAUGCGCCCUCGGAGACGGAGAGGUUCUUCGUGCUGAUCAGACGUUGCCUGGUCCAGCUGUUCCGCGAUUGGACGGUCACGUAUCUGAAGAUGCUGCUGCACGCGUUCGUCGGGAUCAUGCUCGGCGUCCUGUUCACCGAGAGCGGCUGCGACGGCAGCAAGGCGAUCAGCAACGUCAGCUUCUUCCUGGUCACCUCCGUCUACAUGAGCUACACCAGCAUGAUGCCCGCGGUUCUCAAGUUCCCAUCCGAGUUCCCCACGCUGAAGAAGGAGAAGUUCAACAACUGGUACCAGCUGAGGACCUACUACGCGGCCACCACCGUCUGCUCCAUACCCCUGCAGAUGAUCUCCGCCUUCAUCUACUGCGUCGCAUCCUACUUUCUCAGCUGCCAGCUGCUCGAGCCGAGGCGGUUCUUCAUGUUCCUGCUCGUCACGUUCCUCGUGAACCUGAUCUCCGAGAGCUACGGCCUUCUGAUCGGCACCCUGAUGAACCCCAUCGACGGCACCUUCACCGCGGCCAUCACCACCUGCGCCAUGCUGGCUCUCGCCGGCUUCCUGGCGUUGUACAGUCAUAUGCCGCGUUUCCUUUAUUAUUUGAGCUACAUCAGCUACUUCAAGUACUCGAUGCACGCGUACGUGCACAGCCUGUACGGCUUCGACCGCGAGAAGCUCAGCUGCUCGGAGAUGUACUGCCAUUACAGGGUGCCGAGCACGAUCUUGGAGGAGCUCUCGAUGGCGGACGGCAGGUACUGGAUCGACAUUGUUAUUCUGUCUUCGGGAUUGCUGUUGUACAAGUGCAUCGCCUAUUGCACGCUCAAGAACAAGCUGUCUUCCGCUUGAGGAAGACGGAUGAUCGUGUGCGCGCCGAGACUCGGUCGGGUUUACAGUGUGUGUGCGUGUGUGGCUGCUCGAUGAUUACGCGUGACCUCGUUGAUCUAGUCGUUUUCGGGGAUAAAGGAUCUUGAGGUUUCGGACACAUUUUCGGCUUUACCGGGGGUGAACCGACGAGGACGUCGAGAAUGGAGUUACGGUGCGCGAUUCAUGUUGCUUGUGGGCUCGACUGGAUGGGAGAGUUAUUGGUGGUUAUGCUCAGACCUGCGGAUUUUAUGCGUUUAUGGCUGAUAUUGGUGGGCUACGUUUUCGGACAAUGAAGAGACUCGAAGAAAGCUUGUAAUUUUGGCGUGUUUAAUUUAAUAAAUUUAAAUUUUUCAUUCUAAA